AUGGGAGACGCUCAUCCAGUACCGAAUUCAGGUGCCGCUGUGCCAGAUACGACAGCCGCCGGGGAUGAUCAGGAGACGCAGGCGUCCUGGCUCAACGCCCAGGCCAUCGAUACCAGAGGUAGAAUCCAACUCAAGAAGGUCUCUCACGUUCGAUACCAGCACCCAGACCUUGAUGAGAUUCACAAAUUUCUCACGGACUUUGGCAUGGAAGUCGCCAAAAGGGGCAAUGAUGAAGUCUGGUACAGCGGAUAUGGAGUAGAUCCCUACGUAUACUAUGCACGCAAGGGUCCGCGAGAGUUUCUCGGUGGCACCUUUGAGGCUGCGUCCGAGGAGGACUUUCAAAGGGCUGCACGCCUCUCCGGAGCGGGCGGCAUCCAAGCCCUCGAUGACGCACCGGGUGGCGGCCGGCUGGUCACAGUUACCGAUCCUGAUGGCUUUCCUAUCAACAUCAUGUUCGGCCAAGAGGCUAAACAGGCGGGGAGUAACCCGAACAAGCUUCCUCUAAACUAUGGAAUGGAGAAAGAGCGCGCUCGCAAGUUCCAGAGGUUCCGGACCGGACCCGCAGCUGUACACAAGCUUGGGCACUUUGGCUUCGUGACGAAGCGUUUCCGGGAGCUGGUCAAGUUUUAUACCACAACGUUCAACAUAACUCCAUCCGACUUUGUCUACGUUCCCAAGGACGGCAAGAAGGAGGUCGUCACGGCAUUCUUGCACAUCGACCUGGGGGACAAGCUCGUCGAUCACCAUACGCUGUUCCUCAGCUCCGGCCCGACCUCUCACGUCCACCACUCGUCGUUCGAGGUCCACGACUACGACACCCAGAAUCUCGGCCACCAGUGGCUGGCGCAAAAGGGUUACAAAUCCGUCUGGGGCGUUGGGCGCCAUGUUCUGGGCUCCCAGAUCUUCGACUACUGGUGGGAUACCACCGGCAACAUGGUGGAGCAUUAUGCCGACGGGGACUUGAUCAAUCGCGAGUCGCCCGUCUCGUACUCACCAGCUGGGAGCGAAUCACUUGCUGUGUGGGGGCCCGAGCUGCCGGCCGAUUUCUUAGCUUAG